AAAACUAUUAUUUUGUUUGCAUGGUGCAAUACAAGAAGUCAAUAGUGCCACUUUUUAUAUUAAGUCUUAAAAUUCUUAUUGUUCAGUAUUGAACCAUCUGUUAACCUGACAUCUAGGGUAAACAAAGAAAAUUUAUUAUGGUAUUUUGAAUUUGCACUGAAACUUUGUUAAGAAAAUACCAGUAAAUAAUAUUCAUUAAAAUAGACUUUUAAUUCACAAAACAACAUAAAUUUCUCCAGUAUUAUUAUUAAAAUCUCUUACAGUAGAAAUAUUUAGACUUGGCCUUGUUAAAUGUGUACCUAAUUGUAGUUAUUGUACUGUUUGUAAAACUCUUUUUUGGUUACAUUUCAGAACACCAGUGACACUUCACAAUGUACAAAUGUCACCCAGUCUGAAAACAAGUGGAAAAUUUGAUGUCAAAUAUAACCACCGCUCAAAUAUGACCCCUGCAAGAAACUUGGACUUCGAGUUCCAGUUGCCAGAGCAUACUAAAUAUAGAACCAUAAAAGAAGUAGAGGAAAACCUCAAUGCUUUCCAGAAGACUUGUGUCAAAGUAAAGGUUUUUGAAAAAGGAGAAGCAGAUGCCCAAGUUCUCAAGUCAGGAACAGAAUUGAACAAGUGUAAAUUAAUUGUCUCAGAUAUUUCUGGAAGCAUUCCUCUUACAAUUUGGGGUGAAGAAAUACAGCAAAUCAAGGUUGGUGACUCCUACUCCAUAACGAAUGUCUCGGUCCGAUCAUUUGAGGGCAAAAGUUUGACAACUAGUCCAGACACUGUUGUAGAGAAGAUUGACGACAUUGGAAAAUGUCUCUACACACCAACAGAAGUGUCAACAAAUCAGAAACAACUAAUCAUUGAUUCUGUGAGUUGUGUCAACACCCAUGUGUGUAUUGCAUGUCACAAGAGCAUCGGAUCCUUUAAUACAGCAGCUACUUUUGUGAAAUGUACCAAAUGUGGCAUGAAGCAGAAAACGGCCAACAUUCAAAACUCAAUAAAAUGCCAAAUUCUUUGUGGUAAGGAGAGAUUUACAAUCAACGAUUCCGUCAUUAAGGCAAACAGCAUCCUUAAAAGUUUCUCUGAAGCAGACAAAAUCGAAAAUCAUCUCUUGUCCAAUCCAAACAUCACAGUGGAAGUAGCCACAAAUGAACCAACAGUUCUGAAAAUAAUUAACAUUGCGUGA